AUGAAUAUCCAGUCAGCCAUAAACAGAGAAAUCUUUGCCCCUCGAGAUGAGAGGAUGCUGGUCGCUAUCGAGGUGCGCAGGAGGAGGAAGAGAAGGUUACCCUUUGUCGCGCCCGAACGCAAGGGCAACUACGUGACGUAUCUCUGUCUGUCAGUAACCAAUAAGAAGCCGGCACAGGUCUUCAUAACGAAGGUGAAGCAGUUUGAGGGGUCUCCUCGUUUUGUCAAGAGGUCUCAGUGGUCGGUGGAGCAGCUCCGCCAGGUCAAUGGCAUCAACCCAAACAAGGACAGCCCUGAGUUUGACCUGUUGCUGAACCACACCUCUGAUCAGUGGAUAGCCAGCUCGGCAGCUGAGAAGUGUAUGUUUGUUCAGAUCCUGUACCACGCCUGUCAAAACUACUGGGAGAGUAAGCAGAGUCAGGGAAGCCCAAGGCUUCUCAGGGACCAGAAGGACCAGGGACUGUCUGAGAGCCAGAAACCCAACAAGCCCCAGUGCCCGACUGAGUUUGUCAACUGUCAGUCCAAGCUGAUGGGAGAUGCCUGCUCUGUGAAUAUGGCCAUUUACCGUUGUAAGAUCUUCUUGAACAGAAUGAAGAACACGGUGAUGUCACAGCAGGGGCGGCAACUGGCGGAGGCUAAACCAGCACCUGCAAAAGCCUCAGGGAGCAGCCCCUCCCCUCCGGCAGGGAGGAAUAUGGGUAACGUAGUCCGGAGGGCCAGCCACAUGGUCAGCGAGCACGGGGAGCGUCUGGGGCGCGCCGAGGAAAAGACCGCCAUCAUGAUGCUCAGCGCCAGGCAGUUGGCCGAAACGGCCCAGAGGCUGGCUUUGAAGCAGAUAAAUUAA